AUGAGCUCUUCUCCAUCCACGCCGUCCGCAGAAUUGCCAUCUGAUGCCUCACAACACCGAUUCCAUCAGAUCGGCACAGCAACAGAGUGGGCAGAAGAAUACCGUCCAGGGCGAUUCCAUCCUAUUCAUUUUGGAGACCUGUUCAAAGAUGGCCGAUACAAGGUUAUUCGAAAAAUUGGCUAUGGCUCGUUCUCUACUGUCUGGCUGGCCGUUGACAGAAAUCUCGCUUGCUACGUCGCUUUAAAAGUACUCGUAGCAAAGGAAUCGCCCACCAGCAAAGAACUCCCCAUCCUCGAGCACAUUGCCAAGUUAUCGGCCAGCUACCCAGGCUCCGAACACAUUAUUUCCAUGCUAGAUAGCUUCACCCACAAAGGGCCAAACGGGACACAUCUCUGCCUAAUCUUUGAACCUAUGGGCGGCACAGCUGCGAGCAUUCGCGAGACCCUGCCUUGCAACUUGCCUCACCGACAAGGUCGUGUGGCUCGUUACCCCUUAUGGAUGGCUAAACGCAUUUUACGGCACACUCUUAUCGCCCUAGAUUUUCUUCAUCAGGUAGGUAUCGUGCAUGGAGACAUACAGCCAGGCAAUUUAUUGUUUUCCAUUGCAAACCUGAAUGAUAUCUCCGAGGAGACUUUGGAGCAAGGUCGCAGCCCAAGUGAGAUUUCUAAGCCGCUUGAGAGGAAGGAUGGAAAGAAUGAUAAGUGGGCACCGGCAUACCUCGCAAUACCGCAGCCACUCGAAAAAUAUGUGGACACAGGGCCUGGACUGGGGGUCAAGGUAUCUGACGUUGGUGCCGCGUUCUUCGCUUCAUCCCCUCCAACCAAGCCAGUAACACCCAAAGGCCUCCGUGCCCCUGAAUUGAUUUUGACCUCCUUUCCUCUGACUUCCAGCAUAGACAUCUGGAGUUUCGGCUGCUUGGUCUUCGAAUUCGUGACCGGAACCUCACUCUUCGCACUAGACCUUUACGGCGCCACAGAGGAGGAAAUCGAUGACGACCAUUUACUCAUGAUGACAGACGUCCUCGGAAAGUUGCCUGAUCACAUGUUCUCCGAGUGGGCUCGAGCGAAGAAGUACUUUGGAGAAGGAGGGAAGAGAAUUAGUUCUGCUACAACUGAAGACAUGGAAGACGAGGAGGAGGAACCGUAUAUUUCGGAUGAUCUGGAGAAGUCCUUUAGGGAAAAUAAAUCGGAUGAGGUGGAUGAAGAGCAGACUUCUAUUAUCAUCUCCGUGAUCAGGGAGAUAAUGCAGUAUGACCCGCGAAAGAGACCCUCGGCUGGGGAGCUAUUGAAGCAUCCGUGGUUCAAAGAAGAUAUAAAUCUUGAAAAAUGA